AUGAAACUAUCAGGAAUAUUACUAUUUUUGUUUAUAAAUACAAUACGGAGUGAUGUGAUGAACCAUUAUCUUAACGAUACUACAAUUGAUUCAAAAAAUAAAUAUGAUGGCUUUAAGUUUCCACAUCAAUAUUUGGCACCAGAAAUAACACUUCCAAAUGUGUCUGAUUUAGUUAAAUAUUUAGAGAAUUUAAAUCGUACCGUUAGUUACUUUAAUCGAUUUCCAAAUUCAACUGAUUGUAAUAUAGCAUUGGGAGCAUUUUAUACGAAAGUACUUCUAAAAAGGACACUGAAAGACUACAAAACACGCAUAGUUAGACAUUAUUGCGAGAUGAUUUUGGAUAUAAUAAGAAAAUGUGAAAAUAUAGUUUCCCAUUACGUAUACACAAACCGGCUGUAUGGAUGGCAAGAUGAAGAAUAUCGAUUGUCAAGAUUAUUUAUUGAUGACAAUGCUCAAGUCUACUCUAUUAGUGCAUUCAACAAGGGCCAUCUUAAGCAAUGGCUACUUACUAAUUCCGACGUCCACGAUUAUGCCGAAGAUAUGGAUGACAUUUCUCUACCUAGGUUAAAAUAUUUGGAAUUUGUCUUGGGAUUUAGCAAAUUUUAUUUAGAACCUUCAGAUUCAGAUUUUUGCAUAUCCAGCGUCACAUACAAUCCGGAGCCUAUACAUUUGUCUACAUUGCAGUUGUGUCGACCGAAUCAGUAUUGUUUCGAACUUCUGCACUCCUCGCCAUCAAUCGCAUACGCGCUCAGUCAUAGACUCUUGAACAUUUUAAUUCGGCAUCAGAUGCGUCGCUGUUAUUUGAAGAGUGUGGAAGAAGACUCAACGCAUAUUGAUCUGCUGUGCGCCUUCAUGUAUCGGGAGACGGUAUACUUGGCGCGACGCGGAUUUUUCAUCAGGGAUAUGUUCUUAGAACAUAUCGCGUUAUGCGCGAUGCGGGGCUACGAGGAAUUCCACCGUAGGAACUGGUUCAACAAAAUCUUAAGUUGGAUGGAUGACGAGGGUUGUAUCCAGGAGAAUCCAAAUUGUGAAUAUAAUGCGACCAGUUUACUGAUCAAGAGAAACGCAGGGGACGAGGUGAUGGGGAAGAAAUUAAGAAGGAAGUUAAGGAAUAAAUUGCUCAGAGAGUGUCACGAUCACCCUAUGGCCCUCGUGAUGAUUGUAAUGGCGCACGGGAUUCGAUACGCAGUGCAUUAUAUGUCAGAAGUUACUUUAUCCUUUGGUUUAAAAUAA